GGAGGGCACUAGAAGUUUCAUUCACCUUCUCUCUCUGUUCCCUUUUUUCUCCUUGUGGAGAAACCAGAACCCUCUUCCAUGAUCUAUAUAUAGGGUGCUCACAUAGCUUGAUUUCAUCGCGAAAUUAAUCACAGCUCAAAACUUCUAUCUGUAUCUGGUUUUUCCUCAUCAAGAUUUCCUCUGCUCCAAAUUUUCCAGACAUGUCGCUCGUUCCCAGCCUCUUUAGUGGCCGUCGAACCAACGUGUUUGAUCCAUUUUCUCUGGACUUAUGGGAUCCCUUCGACGGACUCCUCCCAUCCGCCAUUGCUAAUGUCCCUUCCUCAGCACGCGAAACAGCUGCGUUGGCCAAUUUAAGAAUCGACUGGAAGGAAACCCCAAAGGCCCAUGUCUUCCAUGCGGACCUUCCCGGCCUCAAGAAGGAGGAAGUGAAAGUCGAGGUUGAAGAUGGAAGAAUUCUGCAGAUUAGCGGCGAGAGGAACAAAGAGCAAGAGGAGAAGAACGAUAAGUGGCACCGCAUCGAGAGGAGCAGCGGCAAGUUCCUCCGCCGGUUCAGGCUGCCAGAAAAUGCGAAGAUGGAUCAGGUCAAGGCUAGCAUGGAGAAUGGAGUGCUUACUGUGACUGUUCCUAAAGAAGAGGAGAAGAAGCCUGAGGUUAAACCCAUUGAGAUCUCCGGUUGAUGCGCAACUAUAUAUCCUCCAGAUUUCGAAGUUUUCGUUUGGAGUCAAUCUAUAUAUAUAUAUAUGUAUGUAUGUAUGUAUGUCGAAUAAAUUGGGUUUGUGUGUAUUCUCUGUAUAUUUUCAUGUUUCUAAAAGGUUGAAAAUGUAAGGCUUUCGUCGGUUGCAUGUGUGUAAAAUAAUCCGAGUGUCAUCUAAGGCUUGCUUACACCUUUAAAAUAUUUAAGAAUUAUUCAUACCUUCAUAA